CGGGGAGAGGACUUGACUUAUAGCUUGUUAACAUCCACAACACCAUCACCUUUUGCUGACACAAAUCCUUUUCUUUGCCCCAAAAGUCUUGAUCUCAACAAUAGUUGGUUCAAUCUGAGGUGGAAGAGUGCGGGCCAGGUGGGUAGGGGAGGUAUCUCACCGCCCCGACAAAAGUUUCGCCUGUACAGACUCGAAAAGCUCCCCUCACCGUGAUUAUUGGUGCAUUCUGCGGGGUAUACGCCUCCUUCACCUUGCGUAACACACUGUCCCUGUCAGACGCUUAAUGGGGGGUAGACUACCUUUAGGCCUGUACAGUACCUGUAUUCAUUAGGUAAGUCGCCUUUCGCUUCAGGUGGAACACCGCCAGUCGCGUCAGCUGGCUGGUGGGGUGGAGCACGUGUGUACUGUGCGACCGAGUCGCAUACCCCGACCCUUCGUCUUCAACACGCCAGUGUAUAUAUUUUGUAUCCACAAUCAGGGAGAAGAAGAGGAGGGCUCUCACCACCUGCUCGCUUUUGUCGCGACAGCCAGACCACACCUAUAAUUCUUCUAUUGCGGGACCAGAGUAUUCGGGACGUCAUUGCGAUAGAAAGGGGACAAGGAUCUGCAAGAAAGUUGAGAAUCUGGUGGACGGCCGGCUUUGUGGCAGGUUCAGUCUGAUCAGCUCAGCGACACCUUCCUCAUCACAUGGCUAUCGGCGUGGAAGCCAUCGCCGUUGUUGGAGGAUCUUGAGUUUGCCAUCGUCGUCGUCGAGGUUGUAAUUGUUGCUCCAUGGGGCUGUCCAGGAAGCUGGGCGGCGGUGCGGCGGCUUUUUCCAGCCGCCCGGAGACCCCAGUGUGUGUGGACUACAAGUGGAGCACCCAGGCCUACGCCCUGCGCGACAUCCUUACCCGCUUCCAGCUGCCGUGCGUCGUGCAGUGCGCCGCAGACCCGGGCAGCGUGGUGUGGGCCGACUUCCAGUUCGACCUGCGCCAGCCCCUCCUGCUGCACGCGGCCAGGACCGUGCGCAAAAUCCACGCGCGCAGCCUCAAAGUCGAGGGCCAGACGGACCAGCUGCAGGAGUUUGGUCCACCGCUGGCCAUUCCAGAAGACUAUGACGGUUGGUUUUAUCCGGUCACCAAGAAGGACCCUACAGCUCUGCCCCGCCACACCCGCGUAGAGGGCGCUGCGGCCUCCCCUGCUCGCCAGUUCCUGGUGACGACCACGCUUCCUGCCUUCGUUCCCAGCUUUGUGCCUGCCACGGGCCCCAAGUAUUCCUCGCAUGAGGUCAUGGUGGGCGAGGUCUUGACAAAGGUCGACGUCGUGACCGACAACCUUUCGCUUGAGGUCGCCACGCCUUCCACCGAUCCAGGAGCCGCUUCCUGCUUUCCACAAGAGUCUGCGUUGCUUGGACGAAAACCAACACGAGGUGAUCAUCCCCUUCCACUACCUCGCCCUGCUGCACGACGUGGCGGAAAACUACGAACUUGCUGUUAAAGCGGCCCAGCGAAGCUGUGGCGGCAUAGCAGCGGAGGGGAGUGGCAUGGAGGGCGAGGGCGGUGCAGCGUGUCGUGCGUGCCUGGGGUGGUCAGCACGAGGACUAUUGUUGCGUCAGGGAACGACUGCCUGCCGCGUGUCUUCCGUCACGUGCUGGGCGAGGAGCCGGCGCUGGAGGGAACCUUCUCCGGCCUAAUGCGCUGCUACAGCGUCUUCACGGAAGAGACCGUCAUGGCCGCCACUAUGAGCAGUUUGGACUUGUCGUCUAUGCUCGAGCUGCCCUCUUGUCUUGAGCUCUCGGCCAACUCCUCGGCCAAGUUCAGGAUCGGCCUCAACGCCUCCGACUGAAGCGGACCAACCAGUACGUCGCCGCACUCCGGACGUGCGAAGAACUGGCUCACAGCUAUGUCAGGGCCAUCAAGGCAUCCUUCACUGUGCACCCCGUGACCCCCGAGCAGAGUGACGUGGAUCUGUCUUUAAGUCGAGAACGGUAGUAGUGUUGUUGAUGGACCAGACGUCGGGGCUUGGGCUAAGGAGGUCGGCGACAGCAGCACGUCAAGAGAACCCAAGUGCGAGGAGAGAGAAAGGGCUUCUGCCACAUCAGGUGCCACGCGGUUACCUGGCAACACGACGAGGUAUGACGGCAGGGCUGACGACGAGGUGGAUAGCUCCAGCAUCAGCGAAGCUCCCGACGACUCCGGUGAUAUCACGAGCAUAAGCGACGCGCCCGAGGUGGAAGCCAGCUCCGAGUUCCACAUCUCCUGGGGCGAGCUCAAACGGGCCCGAAGCUACUCCGGAUCUCUGUCAGACGCCAGCGACAACGAAGCUGAAGACAGCGACACACAGGUGUCGUCAGCCACCGAGAGUGACACAGAGUUGUCAUCGACCGACAGGGAUGCGCAGAUCUCGUCGGCAACAGAGAGCGACUGCAACUCCGUGGUGAUCAACGAUUACAGCUCCAGUUGGCAAGAGUCUGUCCUCAGCAGCAGCAACUACAACUUUCGUGACGGUGUUCGGAAAUGGGAGAACCAAAGUUCAGACUCUACUAGCGCCAGUUGCCAUUCGAGUCCUGUUGACAGGGAAGGACCAGUUGCCUCUUCCCGCCCUCAGCAAGUCUCUGUAGCGCGUCGUCUAGGUUUUCCUGAUGCUUCCGACAGUACCACGGACGGGUGCACUCAGGAUACAGGGGGCUGGAUGGGCAAUUCUGAGUCCAUUCAAAGACAUCGUCAGAAACAUCGUGAUGGCAGUUGCCAAAAACGUGGCACGUGCAAUACUCACCGGGAAUCACACUUUCCACAACACGGAGACCUCAUCAGCAGACAGCGAUUCUUUCAACAAACCUGACGAUAGCGGACAGCUUGGGGUGCGCGCGGAGGUCCGUGAAACAUCAGGUCACGUGAUUGAGAAAGAACAGUCCAGCCAUGAGCUCGAGCACUCAACGCGACAACGAGCAGGAAGUGUUCCCAUGGUGCAGACAGUAGCAGUUAAGAGCCGCAACAGCUCUUCUUCAGGCCAUUUCGCACCUUACUCCCAUCCCUCCUCCGUUCCCAGCGGCCUUGAUUGCUUAACCACUCGGUCACCACCAAAGAAACCCACGCAAUACGUGAGUAACGGGGAUGGUGAUAGAGUCGAAGAUAAAAAUGCCAGGAAAAGUCAAGAGAAGGCUGACGACUUCGUAAAAGCCUUAGGAGACAAGCUGUUACUGGUGUCCAGGAGAUCUUCGUCUCCCAGGUAUCAACGUCUGGAAACCAACAAUGAUGAUGCCCCAGACAGCAGAACAUUUGCUCAGAAGCAGCAUGGCAGGAGUCAGAGCAGCAUUACCUAUGACCGGUCAGUCCGCAGCGCAAACGACCUGCAUUUUGAGGACACUGCAGUCAUGGUCCAAGACACAAGCUUCGGCACAGACAGUGAGGAGGACUCAGGAGGGGAGAUGUCACAGAAAACUAUUUUUGAUGAGUUUGACCUUCUUCAUGAGGAGAUAGUGUGAUGAAGAUGUGUGAAGAGAGAAAAGAUACACUUGUUGACUCCUGUGCGAGAUUGAGUGAAGAGACUAGUUUAUAAAUGUUAAUGAACAGACAAGUAAUAAGACUAUGGAAGUAUGGGGCACAGCACAGAUUAAGAUAAAAACUGACUAUUCUCUUUACAAGAAGACGUAAAGUGCCUCAGACUUCCAAUGAACCAGCCUGAAACAGACUCAACUGCUGAUGAUGUAAAUGGAUCCAAUAUUGCCAACUCUUCGUAAAAAUGAUUGAAAAGGUCUGUUAAACAUGAUAAUGAGCUUGUGCACAUCUGAGACAUUUUGUAAUGUGUUUGUGGGGAUGUUGAAUGGACACAGCCACUAGUGGGUUCAUUUCUCAUAAGAUCAAUAUAACAUUGCUUGAAUGAAACUGAGGAAAAAAUUCAGUCACCUUCAUAAUCAGCUUGCAUUUGCUUCAUAAACCAUAAUAUGACGAUAUCUGCAUUAUUUAAGUAAGAAUGUCAGUCAAAAUUUUACAGAUUAGCAGAGACAAAAUAGUCAAAUGUAGCAUUAUUUGCACUCUUUAGUCUCUCUUCUUUUACCCACAUUUUCCCCCUUGGAUUAUGGUAUAUUGCAGUUCUUCAGGCAAAUCUGAGUUUGGUGUGCAUGUGACUAUUUAAAACUGAUGGAGACAGCAUGAUUAUAAAGUUACUUUUUUUUUUUUAAAUGUUUCAUAUUUCGUCAUAUUCCCUUUGCCAACAUAGAACCUCUUGAACUAUUUUGUUUUAAGCAAUCCCACUGUCUUUAAAUCCAUUCCUUCAAUAUGUGCUUAGUGUGCAAUGUAUCCUCUUUAAAUACAUUUUCAAAGUUCAUUAAAUGUGCUUUCUGCUAUAAUGUGUAUUAUUUUAUAUGCAUAAUAAACUUUUAAUAAGACUAA